CAUCGCUCCGCAGACAGUCAGUUCAGUUCUCUACGUUAUCUAGUUCGUGUACGGUCGUCACGCUGUUUAAAUAAUAUAUAGUUUGUGUGUUUUGUCAAGGACAGAGAAAGGAACUCACUCUCCCCCGGAAGGAGGAAUUUUCACACGAAAAAAUAAAUUUAAAAAAAAAACAUCAAAAAUAAUGUGCCAGGAAUCGCGAAAAAUCUACUCCUUAAGCAGCAAGAAAAAAUAGAACCCUCUCUCUCUUUGAGAAUUUCCAUCGGGGUUUUUCUCAAAUACAUAUAGUUUUUUUUGCCUGGAAAAACGCGGAAAAUUCAUCGGCAAAAAAGAACCUUCUGCACCGCGAAAAAAAUCAAAUAAAUUGUGAUGGUUUCUCGUCAACACGAUGAGGGCAUAGUGCCAUUUUCAGCAUUCCCUUUUGCAUAAAACAAUACACACUAGAAUUGUGAUAUUAUACGAUAAUACAUACACAUAUAUAGGAGUUAAAAUCGGACGCAUUGCUGCAACGGCGAGAUAAAAGCUUUCCAACACAGUGCUGCGGGGGGAAAAGCCAUCGGCAGACAAAGAAUCGGUGCUGCAUUUGAGAGCUCUAUAUAGUCAAGUGUUUGGUGGAGUAACAUCGGGGGAGGAGAGUGGAAAGAGUGGGGAGAGAGCACGUCAAAAAAUGCAAAUGCAAUUGAAAUUGGAAAACAAUUAAGCGGAAUUGGUUGGGAAAACGGACAGGCUCUCUGUAGGAACCAUCGAAUUCCGCGACAUUUGGGGUGGUGGGCGGCACGACGGUAUUAUUGCCUAAAAAGGGGGGCUGACCGCAACCACUUUUCAGCACGAUGGAUCACUGUGAAGGAUGCCACCGAAACGAGUGCCAUCAUUAGUAAUUGGCAGUUUGGCGGAGGUUGUGAGAAUGGACAGAGUACUGUUUGGAUAACACAGCCGGUAAAAGAGCGUGAGAAUUGAGACAUACGUUUGACGAAAAAAGAACCCGCAUAAAAUCCACACUGAAAAAAAAAACACAUCAAACGCGCGAAUGUCCCUUCGAAUUGACACUGCGGAUUUAAUGCUCAAGGCGAGAUUGUAAAAAGAAAAGAAAAGAAAAAAAACGAGAAAGGCGAACUUUAUUGGGAACUUUCAAUCUUAAGCAAAUUGCCAUGAGCUUUUUGAUAUCUCUUCCCUCCCGAAAACCAUACCCGAGCCUUGAGUAAACACUUUUACGCACACCCUCACGAGAUGAUUCUAAUUUUGACUGCCUGAGGUUAGUUAUUCCUCUUCCCAAACAUUUUCUGCUCUCAUUCACUAAAUACAGUGUGUGGAAGAUAUUUUGAGACAAUUUGUGCUUUUAUUUCUUUUUAAUUUUUAAUUUCUUUAAAUUAUAGUGAAUCUAUGGUUGAGAUUAAAGAGUUUUAUUAAUGGAAUAAAAUUCUUCAACAACCAUAUAAAAUUAUAGGAGCAAUAAAUUGAAAAACAUAAUGAUUUUUUUUAAAUAAGAAAAUUACAUGUUAAAUAAUAAAAUAGGAAAAAUUUUUCAUUUUUCAUUUUGUUUUUAAGAUUUUUUUUAAAUAAUCAAAGAAAAAACUUUUCAGCUCACCCUGUAUAAAAUAAGGAUUCAAAAAAAACGUGCUUUUAGUACGAGAUUUUUUCAAUUAAAAGCUUUUUCACUGCCAACUUAAUUAUUAAUUCAAUUUAUAGGUAUUCAGUCACUUAAUUAAAUUCAUUUUUAUAAACAUUUAAAAUCACAUUCGAUUAAUUAAAAAAUAACUACCUAUACCAUUACAUCGUCAAUUGAGUUAUAAUAAUUCAGUAGAAGCUUUUAACUUUAUUUUAUAUAUUUUGUUAUUUUUUAUUUAAAAUAAAAUAAUUAUACGAAGCUAUUAAAACAUUAUUUUGAGCCCUCUAAAUUUUAAAGUAAUUUUUAAAAAUAUAUAUUGAAAAAGUUCAAUAAAAUAUCAUCCAAAAAAAUCUUUAGAAUGUCUCAAUAUUUUUUGCACACACCGUAGGCACGACUAUAUAGCAUCCACCGUGCCGAGAGCGUCUUAUAUAGACAAACUUCCAUUAGGAUUUACAAGUAUUCAGCUCACAGCCCACAGAAAAGGCGCCCUGUGUGGCCCACCGAAAAGUUUGUAUAUGGGGGAGGGUUUUUUGUGAAACCGGAUGCGGAAAUUUCAUCAAAUUAAAUGAGUUUCACUCUCCUUUUUACAUGUUUAUCGAAUUUCGCCUUGUUUCCAUUUCUCUAAUUAUUCCCCUCCGACACACUCCAACUGACACAAUAAACCACUUGUUAGGAUAACAAUUCACGGUUAAAUUGUAAGAAAUAAAUACCCUUAGCCCCUUGGGGGUGGGAUGACGUUUCUGUUUGAGGAGGGUGUGUGGAACCAAGAACUUUUUUUGGGAGUGGGUGAGGGACGUAAAACAAAUUAGCUAUUUAAAUUUGAAACCAUUCUUAAAUUGAGUUAAACCCGCCCCCGCCCUUCACAGGCAUUAUAUAUAAUUUCUCUGCAUGCUAAAUAAGAAUUUGUUUUAUAUAACACAAGCUGGCUAAAUAAGAAAUUGGCUAAACUGGAUGCGAAAAGGACGAGGAUAAGGAGUUUAAAAUAAAAGAAGAAGUAUAAUACAUAAAUAAAAAAAACACAAGAAGACAGACAAAAAGAACAAAAUAACAAGCAUGAUAAAUGAGACACCCAAUGAACUGAUAAUGAGAAAUUUCUUUAAAAAGAAGAUUAAACAUGUUCAAAUGUAAAUAACAUAAUGUAAUUUAAUUAAAAAACAUAAAACACCCACUAAACAAUUAGCGCUAUUAAAUACACUGAAAAGUCGUUAAUCACCGCAUUAAACAAAAAUUUAUUUAAAAACAAGCGAGGAAAGGAGGAAUUAUAAUGUGAUUAAUCCAGUGUUGUGCAUUUUAAAAACAAACACGAUAAAUUAAAACCAGGAGUCUGCAAAAUGCAGAGAGAGUCUGGAAACCUCAGAGUUUUAUAAAAAAAGAAUAAUAAAUCUAUAAAAUAAAAUAAAACUAAAAAAAAUCCAACCAUUGAUAAAUAAAUAAAGAAAAACGUUAAACGUCUUGACGAGAGGAAAAGAAGGAGAAUUUUUUUUAAAUAUUCAUUCAACCAUUAUUUGUAUACUUUUUACCAAAGAAUUUGUGUGUUGUCCUGAGAAAGAAAAAAAAAGUAGAGAAAACGCCAAUACAAUGUAUUCAUUCUUGUUCAAGUUGAUGCCAUCAAUGAUGCAGCACUAUUUUUGGCAAGUGUUCCUACCCAUGCCAACUGCAUCCCUCGUAGCUGUGGGACUACUCCUCUCCCUGCCGACAGUGAUGGCUGGACCCCACGAGAAGAAACUCCUCCAUACGCUCCUGGAUAACUAUAAUGUGCUGGAAAGGCCCGUUGUCAACGAAUCCGACCCACUUCAGCUGAGCUUUGGAUUGACAUUAAUGCAAAUUAUCGAUGUGGACGAAAAAAAUCAACUCCUCAUCACCAAUAUAUGGCUGAAGCUGGAAUGGAAUGAUAUGAAUUUGCGUUGGAACUCUUCAGAAUACGGGGGAGUGCGAGACUUGCGAAUUCCCCCGCAUCGUCUGUGGAAGCCAGAUGUUCUCAUGUAUAACAGUGCCGACGAGGGAUUCGACGGGACGUACCCAACGAAUGUGGUGGUCAGGAACAAUGGAUCUUGCCUGUACGUGCCACCGGGAAUUUUCAAGUCUACAUGCAAAAUUGACAUCACAUGGUUUCCAUUUGACGAUCAACGGUGCGAAAUGAAAUUCGGCUCAUGGACCUACGAUGGUUUCCAGCUUGAUCUUCAGCUCCAGGAUGAAGCGGGUGGAGAUAUCAGUAGUUUUAUAACAAAUGGUGAAUGGGAGUUGCUAGGUGUCCCCGGGAAACGUAAUGAAAUUUACUACAAUUGCUGCCCCGAACCAUAUAUCGAUAUUACAUUUGCCAUACUAAUCCGACGGAAAACCUUGUACUAUUUUUUUAACUUAAUCGUGCCAUGUGUACUGAUUGCAUCGAUGGCACUAUUGGGAUUUACACUGCCACCAGAUUCCGGUGAAAAACUCUCGCUUGGGGUAACAAUUCUUUUGUCACUAACCGUCUUCCUCAACAUGGUGGCUGAAACAAUGCCAGCCACUUCAGAUGCUGUGCCUCUUCUAGGAACAUACUUCAAUUGCAUUAUGUUUAUGGUAGCGUCGUCGGUUGUGUCAACAAUUUUAAUUUUGAAUUACCACCAUAGGAAUGCAGAUACUCACGAAAUGUCUGAAUGGAUUCGUGUGGUUUUCUUGUACUGGUUGCCUUGUAUUCUUCGCAUGAGUCGCCCCGGAGAGGAUGGUACCUUUGCGUGUCCAACAAUUAGUGGGGCACACAAAGAGAAGCAACAGAUACAGAAUGUUGAACUAAAAGAGCGAUCAUCAAAAUCCCUGCUUGCGAAUGUGCUUGAUAUUGAUGAUGAUUUUCGUUGUAAUCAUCGUUGCACGAGUGGAACACUCCCCCACAACCCCACAUACUAUCGAACUGUUUUUAGGCAGGGGGAUGAUGGAAGCGUUGGACCUGUCUCUGAUGCCAGAAUGCACGAAACAAUAUCACACACAUGCCUAAGCUCAUCUGCUGAAUAUGAAUUGGCACUAAUUCUCAAAGAGCUUCGGUGGAUUACAGAUCAACUUCGCAAAGAAGAUGAAAACACGGACAUAACCAAAGACUGGAAAUUUGCUGCAAUGGUAGUUGACCGAUUGUGCCUUAUAAUUUUCACGUUAUUUACCAUUAUUGCUACACUAGCUGUCCUAUUUUCGGCACCCCAUUUCCUUGUAUCGUAACCAUACAAAAAUAUUAUUAGAUCAAUUCUUAUAUUGCUUUCCCUAACACCCUAAGACAUUUCACACCGCGUGUAUGGACGAUGGAGUUUUAUGCAAAAAAAAUCCCGCGUGUUUUGAUACAGAAAAUUAAUGUGAAAAAUAAAUUUAAUAAAAAAAGAAUAACACUGAAAAAUUUACUGCGAUGAUAUCAAUAAGAAAAUAAAGAUAAUAGGAUGAUAAAUUACAUUUUCUCAGUUGACAAAGAAAAAAGAACAUGACGAUGACUGAAGGACUGAAUAAAUUAAAGAAAGAAUUAAAUUAAAACAUAAUUUUCUAAACACUAAAAAAAAUUCAAAAUAAUUUAAUCAAAAAACUUAAACUGAAACUAUAAUUUUCAACAUAUUUAAAUACCAUGACUUAUGUACAUGACUCAUACCAAUUUGACAAGAAAGAAAACAACAAAAAGACAAUUUCAGAGACAUAUUUCAUUAAUAAAAUUUACUAUCUAAAACUAAAUCGAUAUAUCCAAAUAUUUCCAUAUAUAAUAAAUUUGCAAUAUUAAAUGAAAGGAAAAUCUUAUAAAUAAAGGAAACGUAGUGUGAGGAAACUUUCUAUUAUCACAAUGUGCCAUUGAAAUUAGAAUUAUACUAAAAAUUAUACUGAAGAAGUAAUAACGUGAGUUUAGUGCUCAUAAAUAACGAUGGCUUAUUUGGUAAAAGAUCUUUAGGAGGAAAAUAUAUAUCACAGCUCAUAGUAAAAAGGUUGUUUUUCAUAUUAAAAAAAAGAAAAUGAAAAAAUUAUGUAACAAACGAGGCAAUUAAAUGCUCAACGGAAUGGGUAAUGCCGCUAAAACGAAUCUCUAAAAGAAAUUAAACGAAAGAAAUCUCACUUAAAAAAAUAAAGCUCGUGAUGUAGUUAUGAAAAACAAGCUACAAUCACAUAAAAGAAAACAACGUAAAACUCAAAAGAAAAAUAUUAAAAUUAAAAAGAAAAAACAAUAACAGAUGGAUGAAGCAACUUAUGAGAAAAAAAAACAAUUAGAUCGCAAAAACAAUAAAAGUAAGAAAGGAACUAGGAAAACAUAUUUAUAGGCAGUCUCUGAGGGAAAAGAAAAGGAGAAAAAAUAUCACUUUAAAUAAAUAAAAUUAGGAAAAUAUUUUAAAUGAAUUUAAAUAAAUUGGAUUGAUACCAAUUUCUAAGGUUGAAAAAAAACAAAGAGCAUAAUCAUAGCGAGUUUUGUACCUUAAGCAAAAUAUAGUUUGUAAAGGAACUUUUUCGAUAAAUAGCGGCUUGUUAACAGACUCAAUAAGAAUUUUUCAAAAUUUACUAGAUUGCGAAUACGGAGAUUAGUUUGCGUGGGGGAAUUAUUGUAUAAAUUACAAAAAUCAUCACUAAAUUGAAUUUCAAUUUUUUAGAACAAUUGAAAAGCUUUCAAAACGGGGGUAGUAUAGUUUUUUUUAGUGAUAAAGGUAAUAUAUAGAAAAUAUUUUACUAUUUUAUCACAAAUAUCUAAAAACUGAAGUAAAGAAAAAACAUAAAAUUAACAAUUCUAGAUGAAUAGAAGCUUUCUUUUAAUAUAUAUACUAUAUAUUUUUUAAUUUAUAGAAUCUUAUUCUUUACUUUUCUAAAAAGAAAUUAUUUGGUGUUCUAGUUCGUGGUUAACACCAAGUAUUUUUUUCUUCUUAGUUUUAUUGGUUCUCUUGGUUCUUAAAACCAAAAGAAUUCUAAACGAUGAAAAAAUCAGAAAAUCAUUUUCUAAUUUUUCACCCCAAUUCUUAAGCUUUCUGUGUUUUCAAAAGUUAAUAAAAUUUGUUGCCAAAGUUUUAUUUUUAUUUUAUUUAUUGUCCCAUAUAAUAUGCAUAACAUCCUUUCUUCAUAUAAAAUUCUUAAAGAAUUAAACCUUUUAUACAUCCCCCCUGAAUUAAAAAUAAUUUCAAUUUUGUAUAUGCUUGAAUACCUUUAGAAAGAAAUUUCUUAAUUUUCAUUAAAAAGAAAACUAAAUAUGGCUGAUUUUUUCUCGACAUGAGCAAUAAAUGCAAAUAAAGUCAUGUUCAAAAAAAUGAAGAAUGAUUGAAGAUACAUAGGUACAUAAAUCCACGUGAUAUAGACAUCAAAAUUGAAAGUUUAUAACAAAAUUUCGGGAAUUUAACUCGGCAGAUGAGCCGGAAAGUGAAAUAAAACGCCAUAAAAUGGGAUAAAAAAAUGCAUCAAAAUGAUGCUCAACUGAACCGUGUUUAAAUAAAAUACAUUCAAUGAUGAAAAGUGCAUUUGCUAUGUAUAUCAAACAUACAGAGAAAAAUAUUGAAAGUAAUAAAACAUAAAAAUUAAUAAAAACACACCCGACGCACAUAACACGAUAAAAAGUGAGAAAAAGCUAAAUUCAAAAAAUAAAUUUUAAUGAAAAAAUUGAGAUGCAAAGUGAAAUAAAUGAUACAAUAAUGAAUGAAAUAUACCAAUAAUAGUGUAAACACUACAAAUCUAGUGAUAGCGUAAUAUUUUAUAGUGAUGAUGAAAAAAAAAUGAGAUAAAAAAGUCAAAUGAAACAAGACAUAGAGAGAGAAAACGAUUAUUCAUAUAUUAUACAAAUGAAAAAAAAAAAGAAAAUGAAGUGAAAUUUAGCAAAUAAAUCAUAUUGUUACGUCACGUAAAUGCUGUGAUAUGACUUUUUAUAAUGGUGAAAUGAAAAAAAAAGAAGAUGCAUUAAAAAUUAAUUGUUAAAACAAUGAAUAAUGGCGAAACUUGUUGAUUUGAUUAGAUGAAAAAAAAUAAUAAUUAAAAAAAAAUGUCAGAAAACACAAAAAACAAUAAUUAAGAAGAAAAACUAACACAAAAUUUUAAUUUAUACAACAAAACAAAAUCUUCAUUGCAUGAUCUUUUCACCGAGAGCUUCUUUUCAUCACCAUUGACGGAUUUUUGUUGCAAAAUAUUAAUGACAAAACCCUCAAAAACAACUCAAAUCUUAAAAAAAAAAACUUAACACACUGAAAACACCUUCUUGAAAAAAAAACAACAUCACCGCAAGUAUCCAGCAAUUUGAAAAAAAUAAAGAAACUUUUUAAAUUAAGAACAAACAUAUUGAAUGAAGUUUACAGUAUCAAUGAAUUAAAAAAACUAACAUAAAAACAAAAUAUAAAUAAAAUGUAAGUAAUUUAAAAUAUCAUAAAAUUAAAAGUAAAAAAAUAUCAUAAAAUAAAAAUUAAAAAAAAACAUAUAAAUCGUAGAUUAAACUCCUGUAAAAAAAUUAUUAAAUAAAGAUGAGAUGAAUUACUUAAUAAGUAGAAACUAACACUAAUCUUAGUUAAAAAAAAUAUUUUAAAGAAGAGAGAAAAAUAAAUUGAUUAAGGUAGAGGAAUGAUAAACAUAAGGACUUAAAGGAAAAAAAAGGCGAAAGAUACUGUAAAUUUACUUCAAUAUCCUAAGAAUAUAUUUAUAAAAAUAUUAUACACACAUCUUAAUAUUUACACCGUAUUAUUAAAUUUGUCAAAAAAAGGAGAGAAAACCCGUAUUUAGGUGGCUGUACUAACAUUUUCUAUAAAAAAUAUUACCGAAAUCCUAUGAAAAUAUAUACUACGGUCUUCCUGCAAUGAUUAACAUCAAAAUAAUAAGUAAUUAAUUUAUUAGUUUUCAAUUUUUCCUCUUUUCAAUUUUACGGGGUUCUCACGCUUGUUUCGAGACAUUUAAUCCAUUUUCGUAUUUAGGAGAUUUUCUUUUUGAUGUUUGUCUUAUUUUUUUGAAAAUUUAAAAGUUCAAUAAUAGAAAUAUUUGGUCUUAAUUUUUUUAAUUUAAAUUGAUUGUUAGAACCUCCCUAUUACUUAUUUUUAGUAAUAUAGAAAUAUGAUUUUCUCGGCAAAGAGUUAAUUUUUCUCAGUUAUGAUAUUCUGCAUCCAAACUUUCCAACAUGAGCUAUUCUGUCGUUAUUCAGAACCCCAAAAAAUAAAUUAUUGAAUAUUUUUUAAAAUCCAAAUUAGAAAAAUUAUUUAUUAAAAACAAUUAAGCAAAUAAUUUGGAUCAAAUUCUUUUGUUCAAAAAGCAAAUUAAUGGACUAUCAAAUAUUCAAUGCAAUAACAUUACUAAACAAUUCCUAAAACUAAAUAGCUAUUACUAAAACAAAAACAAAAACUAUACUAUAUAAACACUGAGAAAAACGAGUUGGAAUGACAUUGAGUUGCAACAACGAAUUUGACGGUAGAUUUAUUUUUUUAGUUUCCCUUAAAAUGAAAACUGAAGAAAA